AUGUACGAUGGAACCACUGAUCCUCAAGAUCAUGUGGCCCAGUACAAGCAAAAAAUGUGGCAAUUAUUAAUACCGUGGGAACUGAUUGAACCCACCAUGUGUAAGUCCUUUGGCGCUACCUUAUCAGGGCCCGCACUCCAAUGGCUUAUUAAUCUAAAGCAAGGUACCAUCGCCAGCUUCUCCAGCCUGGUGAAUAAAUACUAUCAGCAAUUCGCCACCAGCCGAGAGCUAAAUAAGCAGAGCAGUGACCUGUAUCGGGUCGUUCAGAAGCAAAACGAGAUAACCCGACAAUACUGGGACAAGUUCAAUCGGGAAAUGGUCAGCAUAAAAAAUUGUGACCACUCAACUGCUAUUGAAGCUUUUUGCAAGGGUCUCAACUACAGAUCCAGGUUAUAUUAUGAGCUGACAAGAUACCCAUGCUCUUCAUUCGAAAAAGUCAGAACCAGGGCGAUGGCUGAAGUCCGAGGGGAAGAGGACGAGCAUGACAGAAGUUGGGUCGAAAGGAGACCAUCUAGGAAUUCAGGGAAUCAAUCUUUCAACAAUCAGAGCUCCAGAAACAGGCAGGGUAACUGGCAAUCAAGGCGCAACAAUGUCAACAGCGUAUCUGAACCUGGAGCAAGCGAAGGUCCCAGCAGGCCAGCAAUAGAGUACUAUCCAAAUGUCAUCUUGUAUGGUUUUGAUACCGAUGCAGUAAGGAUAGUGAACGCCCUCAAGGAUAUCGGGCCACCUGUAAGAUGGCCCAGAAAGAGUGACAAGCCUGAGCACCAGAAGGAUAAGUCAAAAUUGUGCGAUUACCAUGGAGAUCAUGGGCACAUGACUGACGAAUGUAACAGUCUUAAGAGAGAAGUAGCCUGGCUACUUAAGAAAGGUUACCUGAAAUAUCUCCUCGGGAAGAAAGGAAAGAGACCUGAAAUAAAGCAAGAGGUCCUAUCAGGACCGCCAUCUUCGCCAACCCCAAGCAUCGUGAUUCAAGCCAUAUCAGGUGGAUCCAGCAUUAGCGGUUUAACCUACUCCAGUGCAAAGCGUAUAUCAAGAGUUGGUACCUCAGCAUCCAGCAUCCCCCAAACCUACCCAAGUAAUGAAGAAAAGAAGCUGGAUGAUAUGGUAGUGGUAUUCGAUGAGAGCAGGUUCAACGAGCCCGAGCAUCAUGACUGCUUGGUGAUCUCCCUCCAUGUGGGCCACUACAAGAUGAAGAGAGUACUGGUGGAUAAUGGAAGCUCGACCAAUAUAAUUUUUAAAGAUGCCCUAGACCAAGCCGGAUUCAAAGAAUCAGAUAUCAUCAAAAAAUCCACAGUUCUAGUAGGGUUCAAUGGCGAACCUAUGAAUUCCUUAGGAGAAAUCCAGCUCCCGACGCUGCUUAAAGGGGUUAAUAUGAUGCAGAAAUUCUACGUGAUAGAUUGUAAGACUGCUUACAAUGUGAUAGUAGGAACACCAUGGAUCCAUAAAAUGAAAGCCAUUCCAUCAACCUAUCACCAGCUGCUCAAAUUCCUAAGCCCAUGGGGAGUGGCAGUAGUCGAAGAAGAUAAGAAGCAAGCGCGAGAAUGCUACCAGCUCGCCCUAAAACCCCAUGGCCCCGCCAUCUAG